AUGGCCACGCCGGCGGCGGGGAGGAGGCCCAGGGCGCGGCGGCCGUUCGCGGCGGUCGCGUCGCUGUCGGCGGCCAGGAGGCGGGUGCUGCCGAGGACCGAGGGCUCGGAGAACGUCGAGCCCCUCGACGGGAUGUCGUUCAAGGAGUGCCUCCACCGGUUCAACAAGUUCUCGGGCGAGGCGGCGGCGGCGGCGACGAAGCCCGCCUUCGCCGUCGGUGCCAAGGCGGUGAUCAAGAACAGGCGGCCCUGCUCGACGCCUGGCUCCAAGAGGCCGUCGUCAUCGAGGAAGGCCAGCAGGAAGAAGCUGGAGCCGUCGUCGUCUAGGAAGAGCUCGACCCCGGCGGCGGUGCCGUACGAGGCGCCGCGCGCGCCGCUGUGCGACUUCUCUGACGAGGUCUGCGAGAAGAAGGUCAGGGCGAGGCUCUCGUCGCCCUGCGACGUCGCCCCGGAGGAUCACGGGCAAGUACGGCGGCGCGGGGAGGCGGCCUCGCGGAAGAGCGCGGCGUGGAGCGCGGCCCUCGAGGAGGCCAUGGCCGGCGUCCCGGAGCACGGCGAGGGCCGCGUCAGGUACCUGGUGGACACGUUCGAGAGGCUCCUGUCUCUCUCCCGCGGCGACCGCGAGGCGCGGAGCGGAGGCGGCGCGGGGAGGAGGAGGAGGAAGAAGGAGUCGGCCUCGGUGCCGUCGUCGCCGCGGAAGGCCGAGGAGAUCGACAUGGCGUCGUAUCCCUCCAUCGCGUCGUCGUCCGACCUCUCCUACUGCAUCGUCGACCUCCCCCUCGGCAACAGCAGGAGCAGCAGCGGUGCACGAGACGAGCAUCAGAGCGCCGGCUCGUCGGAGAGGAGCUCCAUUAGGAAUGCGACGAGGCCGCAUCCGUUCAAUCUUAGAACCGAGCAAAGGGGAAGGGUGAAGGAAGGCAACUUUGUUCAGAGGAUGAGGGAGAUGCUGCUCGAGGAGGAGAGGCUGCGCAACCCGCUCGCGCAAGGCCUCCCAUGGACCACCGAUGAACCGGAGAAUCUGGCGAAACCGCCGACGAAAGAGCCCACUGAACCAUUCGAUGUCGUGCUUCAUAGCGCAGUCCGUGCUGUCGGUCGCUCCAGGUUCGACCAUCAGAUCGCGGAGCGCAACAUUUUCCUGGAGAGGCUGGAGCAGGAGAAGGAGAGGCAGCAGAAGCUGGAUGAAGAGAUUGAGGUCAAACUGCUGAGGAAGGAGCAGGUGCCGAGGGCGCACCCGAUGCCGGAUUUCUCAAGGCCAUUUCUGCCCAAAAGGUCAGCGAAGCCCCAGACUGUUCCCAGGGAGCCAAGGUUCCACAUCAGGCCGACGAGGCACAGUCCCAAGACUCGGUCAUAGCUUCUUGUUUUUCACGGUCGGCCAUUACAAACAAGACUUGGUCACAGGACAAGUGUAGUAGCAAUCGUCGCCGCCAUUGGGCAGAUCGCUGCUUGGACAAUGGCUUUCUGACAAGGAGGAGAAGACACACAUAACACAGACCAAUCUUUUUGUUGUAUCAGAACAUGUCUCUGUUUGAGGAUCUAGCUGAGCAUUGACGUCAGCUGUUAAACUCUGCAUCUAAACAUGAGCGAUUUUGUGGCUCUGAUGACUGUAGUAUUGCCAUCCAUUUUAAUCAGUGGAUAACUUGUCUUGCUUGUCGCCA